AAUAGGUCUCCCCCUCAGUAUUCCUCUUGACACAAAAUGUCUACCACCAUUGAUCUCGAACAAUUCGUCGACAUUUCCAACAACGCACGCCAUCGUCUUUGUGACUAUAUCGUCGACUGUGUAGUUGACGCAGUCGACUUCGCAAGGGGAUGCCCACAAAAUUACUGCUGCCCUCCAUCCAAUCAACCUGAAUACGCCUGUCUGAGAAAGUUUGUUAUCCUCCUCGUCACACUGUCGCACCCUUUGGUCCACUCUAUUGCAGUUGCCUUGGUUUAUAUCGAUCGUUUGAUACCCACGGAUCGCUUCGUCCUUGGUAACGCAGCCCGUGAACGCCUAGUUUUCGGAGCCCUUAUGUUGGCUAGUAAACACCAGAGCGACGACCCGCUUAUGAAUGGGGACUGGAGUACCUUCGGCUUGCCCUUCAGCCGAAAGGAGAUUGACCAAAUGGACCUUUAUUUUCUUGAUGCUUUGGAACACGACCUGCAGGUCUCGCAUGAUGAACUGCUGGAGCACUCGCUUUCGAUUGUCGAGAUCCUUUCCUCUCUUCGACAACCGUGGUAUUGUCCAGAUCACAGCCCUUCACGCCCAAUGAACGCACAAUACUAUCCCCCACACCAUUACGCGGCGUCUGGUAGCUCGCAAACGUUAGCAGAAUCCGGUGGUCGCAGAGACAUUGGUGGAACCCUUGCCACCUCCCGGGGGAAGAGCUUCCGUGCUUUGUGGAGGUGGCUACGACGCACUCGCAUUCCCGCACAUUAGGCGGGUCGAUUUGAUGAUCGUGUGGGGUAAAUUACCCUACCCUCGUCGCUAGUGGAAAAUAACCUAGCUUUGGCACACCUUUCUUUCACGUUACAUUUACUAUGCCUGU